AUGUGGGGGACAUCCUGUCUAGCGUCCUGCUCUGCGGCUUGCGCUUGCCAGGCUUGUAAGGGAUUAGCGAGCAGCAUCUCUCGCCGAUCAGCAAGAAUCGCGUAUUGCGGCCUCCACACGCUCUCCUUACUGCUCGCAUGGAUGCUGCGCGACCACGCAUGGCCAAUCCUGGAGAAAAUCCCGUGGAUCAAUCACUUCCCUUACUCGCCUGGCAAGGAUUGGUUUGCCACACAAGCUGUUCUACGCGUGUGCUUUGGGAGUUUCUUGUUCUUCAUUGGAAUGGCGCUGCUUAUGUUUGGAGUUAAGUACCAAAGCGAUCACAGGGACUUUUGGCAUCGUGGCAACUGGAUGAUCAAGCUUAUCAUCUGGUCUGGUCUCACUGUGCUUUGCCUCAUCCUUCUUCCCAACGACAUCGUAGAUGCUUAUGGAAAGCUCUCGAGGUUUGGGUCUGGCUUGUUUCUCCUGGUCCAGAUGGUCGUGCUUUUGGAUUUCACAUACAACUGGAAUGUUGCGUGGAUUGCCAAAGAGAGUCAGUUCUGGUAUAACGCCUUGCUUGCUGUGUCCUUUGUGUGCUACAUCACGACCUUUGUUUUCUCAGGGUACCUGUAUAAGUGGUUCAAUCCUGCUUAUCAAGAUUGCGAGCUCAAUCUCUUCUUUAUCACGACCUCACUAUCUCUUGGCAUCGCUUUCGCUGCUAUUUCUGUGCAUCCUCAGGUGAAUGGGAGCCUGCUGCCUGCUUCAGUGAUAGCGCUCUACUGCGUGUACUUAUGCUACAGUGCAUUGUCAAGCGAGCCACGAGACUACGAGUGCAUCGGAGUGCUCAAGCACGCAGAGGUGGUUUCUACAAACACGCUUGUCAUGGGAAUGGCCACCACGCUUAUCUCCGUGAUAUACUCCGCGGCUCGAGCAGGCUCUUCGACCACUUUCCUGUCACCGCCAGCUCCUCGUGAGGAAGAUGCUCCUUUGCAACCUUUGCUCUCGAGGAGAGAUCUUGAAAACAGCCAUAAACUAAGUGGCACUGGAUCUGAGCACAACUUCCACGAAGCAAAGAAAUCGUCCCAGCACUAUCCUGUCACGUAUGUCUACUCGUUCUUUUAUCUCGUCUUUGCUCUUGCGAGCAUGUACUUGGCUAUGUUGCUCACCGGAUGGGGAAAUCCCGGAGACAAGGAUGCUAUCGACAUUAGCUGGCCUUCGGUAUGGGUCCGGAUUGGCACAAUGUGGUUCACAGCAGCGCUAUACAUUUGGUCGCUCAUAGCUCCACUCGUUCUUCCAGAUCGAGACUUCUUCUAAACGCAUGCAAAGUAAGCAAAUAUCGAGUUUAUUCUAAGGUAGUGUUGUAAAUUUAGAGAAGAAAUUGAAUGUCUUUGGUUGGAAACAAA